AGAGCCAAAAAUUUAAUCUUAGGAUGCGCCGUCCAGGAAGAAUUUUAUGACUAUUUCGUGGGUGCUGCACACAAUUUCAACAUUUUUCUCGAUAUCAUUGCCAUUGGUUCCAAACUGAAUGCGAAGGAUCCCGGUGUACGGGUUGUGAUCGAUUCAUGGAACGACAUUAAAACGGAUGUUCCUUCACUAACGAAACACAAGGAUUUCUCGCAUAUCUAUAAGAUGGAUAAAAUGCUACAGCAAUAUUCGACUUGGAUCCGUAAAGCACUUGCUGGUUCAUUAGUGAAUGAUGUGUUCCUCCGAGAAACUACUACAAAACUGACGUGA